AUGUUGGUGAGAUGCCACCGGAGCAAGCUGUCGGUGUGGGCCGUUCUGUGUGUGCUCGUGCUGUGCUGGCUCUACAUUUUCCCAGUGUACAGACCCCGGAGCGACAAGGAAAUAGUUGAUGAAGUGCUGCGGCAGGGACAAGUAUGGCAGAGGAACCAGACGGACAUCGAUCUGUUCAGGUGGGCUUUCACUCAUCUCACAACAUUAGGCCUAUGCGAUUUGGCCUGCAUAAAUAAUGAAUAGCAAUAUGAAUAUUCUGCGAUAUAGCAAAACAUUAUUACAUGAUUGUGUCCAUGUAGCCUAUCAUCUCCUACAGUUUAUUUACGUACAUAACAGGACAAUACUUAGGCUAAUAAUAAUAAUAAUAAUAAUAAUAAUAAUAAUCAUGUUUAUUAAAUGGUAAAAGAGGAAUGCAAAUGGAGAAAAAAAAAUCAAUCACUAUUAAGCUGAAUCUCCAGGGCACAACAGUUACAGGAUGGUAGGCCUAUUUGUUGUAUCUAGUCGCACUCAUGAGAAUAGGACAGGAGUCGUAGGCUAUAAUGCACUGAGGAAAAGCAGAUUAGGGAAAUGCGCAGAACGUGACACCUGCACGGAAAAGCGCAGAGACGCGUUUUAUGAUGGUGCGAAGAGGGAAUUAGAAUAAUUGAAUAGGAUCUCUAUGAUUUCGCACGUUUGGAGUUGAAAAGGUUACCUCGCCACCGAAGCUGUGUGUGUCCAUGGAAAAACAGAAAUGCAAGUGUAUUGGUGGUGCUGAAUCUAGGACAAGGCAACCACCAACAACCAGCCUUUCGCCAUUUACCAUUUACCAUUUCCACACUUGCUUCAAAUUCGCCCAUUGACAGUUGGAUUGAAUAUUAUAUUUUUAUCAGAUCUGCGCCGCCUCCUAAUUGAUUCCAAAUGCAUUUACACUACUCAGGCUUCCCCAUAGUAGGCCUACUGUCGAUGCAGACAGGAUGUAUGAACCAUGUAUGAAUGUGUCAUUGUGUGAAAAUAGCAUGCAUGACACUUGGACACAGUGUAUCAAUUGAGACAGUUGUCUCUUGAUCUGAGUUAUAGUUGAUGGUGCGGACUCUGCAAUGAGUGUUUAUUUCAUCAAUAGAGAAUGCUCAAAUGACAUGUGGCCCAGAGUCCCAGACUGGUAACUAUAAUUCAGAUAAAGAGACUGUCUCAAUUUAUACACUGUGUCUGAGUUUCACCCAUGCUAUACACACAAUGACAAAUUCUCUUCUCAUUCUGACUGUCUAUUUAUAGCUCAGGGGUAAAGGUUUUCCAUAUUUACCACAGAUCUAGGAUCAGCUUACCCUCCCCAAAUCCUAACCUCACGCAUAAGUGAUGACACCCUAAACUGACAUUAGAUCAGUGUCGAGACACAACGUCAUCCUACUCCCUCUCUCGUUACAGGAAGCUGCUUUCAGAAUGCUGUGACCCGAGGAGGAUGUUUGCGGUGACCAAGCAGAAUUCACCUAUGGGGAAGGUCCUGUGGUACGAUGGAGAGUUCUACCACUCACACACGGUCAACAAUGAGACCUACUCUCUCUUUGUGCAG